CGUUUCCAUUCCUUCACAACAAGAUGGACUGGAGGGAGGACGGCAGUGAUAGUCACGGUCACGGCCACAUGCAUGACGGCUGUCACCAUGGACACGGAGGUCACUCCCACAGUCACGGGCCAAGAGCGGCGGCGGCGUUCGGCGGGAUGGCGCCCCCUUUCAUGCCGUCCUUUCACGGACAGUUUGGCAAAAACACGGAUCAGGUGAUGGAGCUCACGCAGCAGCCGAAGAAGCGGUCCCACAUGGACGACAGCAGCAGCUGGGACAUCGUGAAGGCGACGCAGUUUGGUAUCCUGGACCGCUGUAAGGAACUGGUGGAAGCAGGAUACGACGUCAGGCAGCCGGACAAAGAGAACGUCACGUUAUUACACUGGUCGGCCAUCAACAACCGUUCGGAUCUAGUCAAGUAUUACAUUUCUAAAGGGGCGAUAGUCGACCAGCUUGGAGGAGACCUGAACUCUACUCCAUUUCACUGGGCCAUAAGGCAGGGCCACCUCCCCAUGGUGAUCCAGCUGUUGAGAUACGGAGCAGACCCCUCCGUCGCAGAUGGAGAAGGUUAUCGUGCUCUCCACCUCGCCAUCCUCUUCCAGCACAUGGCCAUAGCAGCUUAUCUGAUGGCUAAGGGACAGGAAGUCGAUGGACCUGACUGCAACGGACAGACGCCUCUGAUGUUAGCAGCCCAGAAGAUUAUUGGGCCUGAACCCACAAAUUUCUUAAUCAAGAAUAAUGCUUCUGUGAGCGCUGUGGAUAAAGUGAACAGGAACACGCCGCUGCACUGCGCUGUGCUGGCAGGAAACGUAGACGCCGCCCACAUCCUGCUCGAGGCCGGGGCCAGUGUUGAUGCUGAAAACAUUAAUGGCCACACACCUAUCGACCUGGCACACCAGGUUCACAGCCCGCUGCUCAUCCACAUGCUCAACCACAUCAAACAAGAGAGGAUUCGCUCCAACUCCCGCUGCCUGCGAAUCAUGAACAGAUACAGGGUGUUCCUGCAGUUUUUCCUCUGCACCACCAUGUUUGGAAGUGUGGGCGCCAUACUCGAUAUGAACUCAGAGUCCUGGUUGCUUAAAGGAAUCCUGCUGGCCUGUGUGAUCGGUGCCAUCAAUCUGGCCUCGAGGAAUUUCCCAACUCCAGCCUUUCAGUCUCUUCUACCGGCCUCAGCUCUCAUGGCUUCAGUUUUCUGGAUGCUCGUCACCUGGUGCCUCUGGUUCCUGCCAGAUGGACACAGCGCCACCAUUCAGGUUCUGUUCGCUCUCAACGCCACUGCUCUGCUCUACUACUACCUCCGCACCUGCAGGACCGACCCAGGCUACGUCAAGACAACUGAAGAAGAGAAGAAAAUGAAUGUGUUAGUGUUGGCCGAGGCCGGUUGUCUGGACCCCAGAAUAUUCUGCACUUCUUGUAUGAUAAAGAAACCAAUGAGAGCGAACCACUGCUUCAACUGUGACGCCUGUGUGGCAAAGCAGGACCACCACUCCGUCUGGACCAACACCUGCAUCGGUGCGAGGAACCAUCACUUCUUUGUCCUCUUCCUCCUUUCCCUCUUACUGAUGGGCUCCUGGAUGUUCUACGGUUGUCUCACGUACUGGGCGGCUCGCUGUCCGAUGCAUUAUGAGGAUCAGGGAUUGUGGGGAGUGGUCUCUUCGCUGAUCAGCUGCUCUCCCUGGGUGCUCAGUGUGUUCCUGCUGGCCUUUUACCACACCUGCUGGUCCGGUGCCAUCCUGGUACUGCAGCUCUACCAGAUCGCCUUCCUGGGACUGACCACAGCUGAGAGGACGAGUCUGACAAACCACCAGAGAAAACUUAGACAAUCCGUCUCCCUGAGACAAAAUCCAUACAAUCUGGGCGUAGUGAGGAACCUCGUGUCCUUCUUCCACCUGCGCUGUUGUGGCCUCUUCAAAGCUCCCGUCAUCGACUGGACGCAGCAGUACCCGCCCGGCCGAGACCAGCACAUGUUCGGACACACCGACAUGGUCUGACCUCCCCCGCCCCCGCCGCCCCUGCUGCCCCGCGCUCAGGGUCAAGGGUGAGAGUUUUAAAGUGGUUCUGGACCAAAAGCACAGAGUGUAUUUAUUUAUUUUUUUAAAUGUACGGUUCAUUGUGAAGAAGGAACGUGGUCGGAGAAGUCGAGAAGAACAUGAAGCAACGUGUAGAUAUCGUUACGAUUCAGUUGCUCUUUGUACAGACUGCUGCUGCCUUAUACUUGACCAAUGUAAGUGGAUUUAAAAAAUCACAAAUGUUUUAAUUUGGGGAAAGGUUGAACCUUUUAAAAGGCCUAAAUUGUAAUUGAACUUUUGAGCUGUUUUUUAUGAGCACAUCAAGCCUAUUUUUUAAUCAUCUGUUGUGGGGAAAAAAGGACCUUUGUACAUGUUAACAUUUGGUUUUAUGACUUUUUGUAAGAGUUGCAUGUGUUUAAUAAUGAAUAACCACUAUUAUACUUCAAUAAAGCAACGUUUUGUGUG